AUGGCCGAGCAAACUCUAGGAUUGGUCGGUUCACCAAGCCGAAAACACAUACAAAAGCUUCAAGUUGAUGGGGAGGCCGGAUUCUUAGCAAUUGCGCUUUGCAAGGAGACACGAAGCUUGCUUCGUCCAACGGCUUUAGAGCAUCAAAGCAAACUCAAUUCUUCAGGCAUUCCUGCAAAUUCUUUGUUUCAAUCUGUGUCCGGGAAUCAAGCUGCACGUAGGUCAUCCACCUUUUAUGGCAACAGUUUAAAAGUCAGGAAAUCAAAAUUAGGCAUUGCAGGAGUACGCCGCUCCGUUCUAUUCACUCCUAGAGCUGUCUUAGCCAUGGAUCCACCUUCUGAGCAGCUUGCAGGAAAAUUCAACCUUGAUGGAAAUAUUGAAAUGCAGGUUUAUGUCAGCAAUUCCUCCACUGCAUCCACCGCACAAGUAAAUAUUCAGAUCACUUAUAGUAGUGAUUCUUUGCUCCUACAUUGGGGUGCAAUACGCGAUAGAAAGGAAAAGUGGGUGCUUCCUUCUUGUCAGCCAGAUGGAACAAAAAAUCAUAAGAACAGAGCCCUAAGAUCUCCUUUUAUAAAGUCUGGUUCCAAUUCUUACAUCAACAUAGUGAUUGAUGAUCCUGCAAUACAAGCAAUAGAGUUUCUUAUAGUUGAUGAAUCCAAGAAUAAGUGGUUUAAGAAUAAUGGCCAGAACUUUCAUGUUAAGUUGCCCAUGAGAGAGAAGUUGACAAUUUCUAAUGUCUCAGUUCCUGAAGAACUUGUGCAGAUUCAAGCAUAUCUAAGGUGGGAAAGAAAGGGUAAACAAAUGUAUACCCCAGAGCAAGAGAAGGCAAGUAUUAAGCAUUGUUUAAUUGAGGAAUAUGAAGCUGCUCGCUUUGAGCUAUUGGAGGAAGUAGCCAGAGGCACUUCCAUUGAGGAUCUCCGAGCAAAGCUAACAAAAAAAAAUGUUGGAAGUGAAAUUAAGGAGCCAUUGGUCUCUCAAACAAAAAACAACAUACCUGAUGAUGUUGUGCAAAUACAAGCUUAUGUCAGAUGGGAAAAGGCAGGGAAACCCAAUUAUUCUCCGGAGCAGCAACUGAGGGAAUUUGAGAUAGCAAGAGAAGAGUUGCAAACUGAACUGGACAAGGGUGUCACUGUUGAUGAGAUUCGGAAGAAGAUUGCUAAAGGCGAAAUCCAGAGUAAGGUGUCAAAGCAACUUCAAACCAAAAGGUAUUUUAUAUCUGAAAGAAUUCAGCGCAAAAAGAGGGACUUAACGCAGCUUGUCAACAAACAUGCUGCCAAAUCUGUGGAGGAAAAAGCUUCAGUAGAAUCAAAAGUCUUGAAGGCUGUUGAGCUUUUUGCUAAGGAAAAGGAAGAACAGGAUGGUGGUGCUGUGCUGAACAAAAAAAUCUUUAAGAUUGCUGAUAAGCAACUUCUGGUACUUGUAACCAAGCCUGGUGGUAAGAUGAAGGUUCAUUUGGCCACUGAUUUGGAAGAGCCAGUUACUCUUCACUGGGCUUUAUCUAAAAAGGCUGGAGAGUGGUUGGAGCCACCUCCAAAUGUGUUGCCUCCUGAUUCAGUUAAUCUCAAGGAGGCUGCCGAAACACAGCUUAAAAAUGAAUCCUCUACUGAAUUUUCUUACCAGGUGCAAUCUUUUGAAAUAGAGAUUGAAGAAGAUAUUUUCGUAGGCAUGCCAUUUGUCCUUUUGUCAAAUGGAAGAUGGAUAAAGAAUAAUGGCUCAGACUUUUAUAUUGAAUUUGACAGAAGAUCUAAGCAUGUCCAAAAGGAUGCUGGUGAUGGCACAGGUACUGCCAAGGCAUUGUUGGAUAAAAUUGCACAAAUGGAGAGUGAGGCACAGAAGUCUUUCAUGCACAGAUUCAAUAUUGCAGCAGACUUGAUGGAUCAAGCCAAGAAUGCUGGUGAAUUGGGUCUUGCAGGAAUCUUGGUGUGGAUGCGGUUUAUGGCCACGAGGCAGCUCAUAUGGAAUAAAAACUACAACGUCAAACCACGUGAAAUCAGUAGAGCCCAGGAUAGGCUUACAGACUUGCUCCAGGAUAUUUAUGCAAGCAAUCCACAGAAUCGGGAACUCUUGCGAAUGAUUUUGUCUACAGUUGGUCGAGGAGGCGAAGGGGAUGUGGGACAACGCAUACGGGAUGAAAUCCUAGUUAUCCAGAGAAACAAUGAUUGCAAGGGUGGAAUGAUGGAGGAAUGGCAUCAGAAGUUGCAUAAUAACACUAGUCCCGAUGAUGUCAUAAUCUGCCAGGCAUUAAUUGAUUAUAUUAAAAGCGACUUUGACAUCAGUGUGUACUGGAAAACUUUGAAUGAAAAUGGAAUAACAAAAGAGAGACUUUUAAGCUAUGAUCGUGCCAUCCAUUCUGAACCAAAUUUCAGAAGAGAUCAGAGGGAUGGCCUUUUGCGUGAUCUUGGAAACUAUUUGAGGACUUUAAAGGUGUUGGUCAGCCAGCCAUACUCUAUGGUAGUUAGUCUUGGUUAA